AUGGAGGUACUUCUGUAUCAGGCUAUAAAGCUGAUGAUAGGAGAAGGGGGUGUGACCCUUUCUGGAGGUCAGAAGCAGAGAAUUAGUUUAGCUCGUGCUGUGUAUGCAAACCGAGAUAUUUAUUUAUUGGACGAUCCUUUGUCUGCUGUGGAUGCUCAAGUUGGAAAGUCUAUUUUCAAAGAAUGCAUUAAGAAAGCUCUUCAAGAGAAAACCAUCCUUCUGGUGUCUCAUCAGCUGCAGUAUCUGCAGUUUUGUGAUCAAAUCAUCUUGCUGGAAGAUGGGGAGAUGUUGGAAAGUGGUACCCAUGCACAGCUGUUGAAAGCCAAGGGCCGUUACGCUCAACUCUUUUAUAACCAGCGCGCAGAAGAUGUCAUUAUUGAAGACAACCAAUUUCUUUCGUCAUCAUCAGACGAAUCAAUGAAAAAGAAAGACAUCCAGGAUCACAAUUCAGACAUCUCUCCGACAGAAAUGAAAGUUCCUGGUUUUGAAGAGUCUGAUGAUACAGAGACUAAGAAAGAUCUUGAAGAAGGAACAAGCAGAAGGACCAAUCACCUCCAAGAGGCAGAGCAUUCGUCUGAGCAUUCCCCAGCUUCCUCCCCAACCACCUCAUUGUCUGAUUCUGCUGCCAGCUCUGCUGGCCGCCAGCAGGCUACAACAGAGCCUGAGGAUACAGAGACUAAGAAAGAUCUUGAAGAAGGAAAAAGCAGAAGUUUUGAUAAACCAGAUGAUACAGAGAGUAACAAAGACCUUAAAGAAGUAAAAAACAGAAGUUUUGAUAAGACUGAGGAUACAGAGCCUAAGAAAGACCUUAAAGAAGGAAAAAGCAGAAGUUUUGAUCAGCCUGAUGAUACAGAGACUAAGAAAGACCUUAAAGAAGGAAAAAGCAGAAGUUUUGAUAAGACUGAGGAUACAGAGCCUAAGAAAGACCUUAAAGAAGGAAAAAGCAGAAGUUUUGAUAAGACUGAGGAUACAGAGCCUAAGAAAGACCUUAAAGAAGGAAAAAGCAGAAGUUUUGAUAAGACAGAGGAUACAGAGCCUAAGAAAGACCUUAAAGAAGGAAAAAGAAGAAGUUUUGAUAAGACUGAGGAUACAGAGCCUAAGAAAGACCUUAAAGAAGGAAGAAGCAGAAGUUUUGAUAAGCCUGAUGAUACAGAGACUAAGAAAGACCUUAAAGAAGGAAAAAGCAGAAGUUUUGAUAAGACAGAGGAUACAGAGCCUAAGAAAGACCUUAAAGAAGGAAAAAGCAGAAGUUUUGAUAAGCCUGAUGAUACAGAGACUAAGAAAGACCUUAAAGAAGGAAAAAGCAGAAGUUUUGAUAAGACUGAGGAUACAGAGCCUAAGAAAGACCUUAAAGAAGGAAGAAGCAGAAGUUUUGAUAAGACCGAUGAUACAGAGACUAAGAAAGACCUUAAAGAAGGAAAAAGCAGAACUCCUGAAGUUCAGCUGAUUCAAAAAGAGGUGAAGGCAGAAGGUUGGAUCAAAUGGGAAACCUACCAUACUUAUAUCAAGGCAUCUGGAGGUUUCCUAUUGUGGUUUGUCAUCAUUCUUCUCUUUGUUUUGAUGACUGCCAGCUCAAUCUUCAGCAACUGGUGGUUGAGUUUCUGGCUAAACCAAGGAUCCGGGAACAUGAUCUGUAACCAGCCUCAAAACAGAACCUGCGACAAAGGCAGCAUCACCAACAAUCCUCAGCUUCACUUCUACCAGCUGGUCUUCGGGAUGGGUGUGAUUGCCAUGAUUAUCCUGAGUUUCAUCAAAGGUUAUGGUUUCACUAAGUUGACCUUACGAGCUGCCUCCAACCUCCAUAACACCAUGUUUUACAAGAUCUUGAAGAGUCCAAUGAAUUUCUUUGAUACCAACCCCACCGGCAGAAUCAUAAACCGUUUCUCUAAGGAUAUGGACGAAGUGGACACGCGAUUGCCGUUUUACCUCGAGAGCUUCCUGCUGCAGUUUUUCGGACUCCUGGCCAUCUUUACAAUUGUCACCGUUGUCUUUCCUUACCUCCUCAUCAGCAUGGCGGCCCUAACGAUCAUUUUCAUUCUGCUCUUCCAUAUUUUUCAGAACACCAUCCAAGACCUCAAACGAAUUGAGAACCUCAGUAGAUCUCUGUGGCUCUGCUUAAUCACAUCUUCAAUCCAUGGUCUUAGUACGAUCCGUGCCUUCAACAAGACAGAGGACUACAUAAAACAUUUUACGAUCUUGAAUAACGAAAACUCAAACCAUUUCCUUAUGUUUAACUAUGCACUACGAUGGUUUGCAUUGAGGACAGAUAUUCUCAUGAACUUCAUGACGUUGAUUGUAGCCCUGUGUGUGGUCCUCAGCCAUUCUUCUAUCAGUACUGCAGAAAAAGGCUUGGCUCUAUCUUAUUCUCUCCAGCUAAGUGGACUUCUUCAAAUAUGCGUGAGAUCGUGCAUCGAAGUUCAAGGCAGAUUUACUUCGGUGGAGCAGAUAAGAGAAUACAUUGUGAAAUGCACUCCUGAGGGAUCAGAGACUCCUUCAGUGAUCACCCCUCCUCCAGGCUGGCCCGAUCAAGGGGAAAUCAUUUUUAAGAACUAUCAGAUGAAAUACCGAGAAAAUAGUCCCAUUGUACUCCAUGACAUCAACAUCCACAUUCACGCUAAAGAAAAAAUUGGGAUCAUUGGCCGGACAGGUUCAGGAAAGUCCUCUUUAGGAGCUGCUCUGUUUCGACUCGUGGAACCAACAUCUGGCACGAUCAUCAUCGAUGGCAUUGACUACUCCAAUAUUAGCCUGAAAUCCUUACGUUCAAAGCUGUCCAUCAUCCCGCAAGAUCCUGUUCUGUUUGUAGGUACAAUAAGAUACAACUUGGAUCCUCUUCUUAACCAUACUGAUGAUCAAAUUUGGCAAGUUCUGAACCAAACCUUUAUGAUGAGCAAGAUUUCCAAGCUACCAGGAAAGCUGGAGGCAGAAGUGAUUGAAAACGGGGAAAAUUUUUCAGUGGGGGAACGACAGCUGCUCUGUUUGGCAAGAGCCCUCCUGCGAAACUCAAAAAUCAUCCUUCUCGACGAAGCCACCGCUUCUAUUGAUUCUGAGACAGAUACGCAGAUCCAGAAGGCCAACCAAGAAGCAUUUGUAAACUGCACAGUCUUGACAAUAGCACAUCGCCUAAACACCAUUAAAGAGUGCAACCGUAUUUUGGUGAUGGAUAAAGGCAAGGUGGUUACCUUUGGCAAGCCGAAAGAGAUAUUCAGACACCCCAGUUUUCAUUUGCCCGACGCUUAGCCACGGCCAGGAAACUCCCACAGGAGGAAAGCAAAAUCAUCAUCAUCCUCAGCGCUUUUCUAGGCGGACUUUGGGCCAAUAAGGCACUGCAGGGAGGAAGGCGAGUAAGUGGAGAAUUCAUGCUUAACUCACCCAGCCUGUCCACAGAUAUUAUAACCUUUUCACCACGGAUCCCGCUUCUGCUUGGCGAAGCCGGCAUGAAGCCAGCAAUUCAAAACAGAGAACUCGACAAGGAAAACGGAAAGAAGCACCAUGACCUGGGUUCCAACAGACCACUUACAGCUUGUGUUUGGUGUUUCGAAAAUAAAAGCAACCGCCAUUAUAUGUGCAAAGAAAAAAAAA